AUGAUUCCUCCUCCAUCUAUGGCGAACUAUAGCCAUGCAGGGGACCACAACAUCUUGCAGAAUGUCUCUCCUCUCACCACGUUCCUCAAAUUAACCUCUCUGGGUUUCAUCAUCGGUGUCGGUGUGGUUGGCAACCUCUUAAUUUCCAUCCUGCUCGUCAAAGACAAGAGCCUCCACCGUGCGCCCUACUACUUCCUUUUGGACCUGUGUGCCUCUGAUAUUCUACGCUCAGCCAUCUGCUUCCCCUUUGUGUUCACCUCAGUCAAAAAUGGCUCGGCCUGGUCGUACGGCACUCUCACCUGCAAAGUGAUUGCCUUCCUGGGUGUUCUCUCGUGUUUUCAUACCGCCUUCAUGCUCUUCUGCAUCAGUGUCACGCGCUACCUGGCCAUUGCCCAUCACCGCUUCUAUACCAAGAGGUUGACCUUCUGGACCUGCCUGGCUGUCAUCUGCAUGGUGUGGACACUGUCGGUCGCUAUGGCAUUCCCACCGGUACUUGAUGUUGGUACCUACUCGUUCAUCCGAGAGGAAGACCAGUGCACGUUUCAACACCGCUCCUUUCGUGCCAACGACUCGCUGGGCUUCAUGCUGCUCCUUGCACUCAUUCUCCUGGCCACUCAGCUUGUCUACCUCAAGCUCAUCUUCUUUGUGCACGACCGCCGGAAGAUGAAGCCUGUCCAGUUCGUGCCAGCGGUGAGCCAGAACUGGACCUUCCAUGGACCGGGAGCCAGCGGCCAGGCAGCAGCUAAUUGGUUGGCUGGAUUUGGCCGUGGCCCUACCCCGCCCACCCUUUUGGGGAUCCGGCAGAACAGCAACGCAGCAGGCCGCAGGAGAUUGCUGGUGUUGGAUGAGUUUAAGACUGAAAAGAGGAUUAGCAGGAUGUUCUACAUUAUGACCUUCUUCUUUCUCAGCUUGUGGGGGCCCUACCUGGUGGCUUGCUACUGGAGGGUGUUUGCCAGGGGCCCCGUGGUCCCUGGGGGUUACCUGACAGCCGCUGUGUGGAUGAGCUUUGCCCAGGCAGGAGUCAACCCCUUCAUUUGCAUCUUUUCCAACCGAGAGCUCCGCCGCUGCUUCAGCACCACGCUGCUCUACUGCAGGAAGUCCAGGUUACCACGGGAACCCUACUGUGUUAUAUGA